UUACUAUGCAGACUACUCCCGGUGCGUCUCACCAUCCACACGUUGUGCACCAGCCACUACCUGGACCUCUUCAUCACCGUCAUCAUCGCUACCAACGUCCUCACCAUGAGCAUGGAGCACUACAACCAGCCGCAGUAUCUGGAGGAGGGGUUGAAGUAUUGUAACUACGUCUUCACUCUGGUGUUUGUUAUCGAGACGGUCCUCAAACUCAUCGCCUUCGGGCUGAGACGGUUCUUCAAGGAGAGGUGGAACCAGCUGGACCUGGCCAUCGUUUUGUUGUCCGUCAUGGGCAUCACUCUGGAGGAGAUUGACCUCAACGCGUCCCUGCCCAUCAACCCCACCAUCAUACGCAUCAUGAGAGUACUGAGGAUCGCUAGAGGUACUCACACACACACACACCAACCCCACCAUCAUACGCAUCAUGAGAGUACUGAGGAUCGCUAG